AUGGAUCUAAAUGUGUCUAGAACCACGUUGUCGCAGAAAAGGGACUUUACGGACGAGUGCGAUACGGACAUUGAUGAAUCUAUCUUCGAAAUAGUGCGUAAUAUAUCAAUGAUGAAUAGUGAUUCGAGCCUUUCGUUUAAGUCGGUCCACAGCGAAAGAGCUGCCAGCUUAAGCCGCUCUCUUAACGAGGACAACUCCAGUUCUCCCGGCCAGAUUUUAAAUUUGAGGAAAACCAUCAGUGAGACGGUGUUUGAUCCGGAAGACAUGCUGGCCAACGCAUCUUGUAGUACACCGGUAACGAAAACUGCCGUGAUGGGAGAAAAAACGAAGGAAAUCCGGAAGCCGUGCGUGACCAGGACAAAGAGUGCCAUCGAGCUGCAUAGAAAUAGUUCCAUUAACGCUUCAAUGCAGCCAGUGGUUUUACUACAACCACUCACAGAACAAAAUCUAAAACAGCACGAGCUAUCACAUCCGCGUAUACGCAGCGGACGUAAUCGUACCGUUUCGAAGUGUCGUUACAAGGACAACGACUCCGAAAAUGAUGAAUCGACGGAUACUAGGCGGCAGGGAGGUAAACUGGAACAUGGUUUUUCUACCGAAAAUCUAUCUGUUCAGUCUUAUGAAUCUCGGCGUCCUAGGCGUAAGGCGGCCCCGGUGAAUAUGCGCGAGCCUUCAAUAAACAGCAAGCUGCGACGUGAAUAGCUGUAUUCCAUUUUGUGGAACCGAAACAUUGCCG